GGCCUCUUCGUCUUCUUGGGCGACUGGAGGGGCGCGGCGGGCGGCGGCGGCGCUUCGAGGCCCGAGACGUCGUGGGUCGAGGGCAGCGUCUCGAGGCCGGCCGUCGCGAUGGGCGGGAAGAGGCGGCGCGGGUCGGGCAGCGCGGCGUCAUCUGGCGUCGACGAAGUACUGCUUGUGCUGGUGGAUGCCAUGUCGCUUUAUGUGGGUCUGUGAGCCACGCGCGACGAGCGGUGAUACUUUUUCGCACCAAUGCGCUUCGACGAACGUCUGCCGGCACUGA